CCCCGCACCUGCACCCGCCGGCGACUGCCACGCGGCCCGCCGUCCCCGCCGCCAGACUCCGGGAGCCCGCCCGCCACGGACAUGCCGCGCGUCUACAUAGGACGCCUGAGCUACAACGUUCGGGAGAAGGACAUCCAGCGCUUCUUCAGCGGCUAUGGCCGCCUUCUCGAAGUAGACCUCAAAAAUGGGUACGGCUUCGUGGAGUUCGAGGACUCCCGCGACGCCGACGAUGCCGUUUAUGAACUGAACGGCAAGGAGCUCUGCGGCGAGCGCGUGAUCGUGGAGCACGCCCGGGGCCCGCGUCGCGAUCGCGACGGCUACAGCUACGGAAGCCGCAGUGGUGGAGGUGGAUACAGCAGUCGUAGAACCUCUGGCAGAGACAAAUACGGACCACCUGUUCGUACAGAGUACAGGCUUAUUGUAGAAAAUCUCUCUAGUCGCUGCAGUUGGCAAGACUUAAAGGAUUUCAUGCGGCAAGCAGGUGAAGUGACAUAUGCAGAUGCUCACAAAGAACGCACUAAUGAGGGUGUCAUUGAAUUUCGCUCCUACUCUGACAUGAAGCGUGCUUUGGAUAAACUGGAUGGUACAGAAAUAAAUGGCAGAAAUAUUAGGCUUAUUGAAGAUAAGCCACGAACAAGCCACAGGCGCUCUUACUCUGGAAGCAGAUCUAGGUCACGCUCCAGAAGAAGGUCACGAAGUAGGAGUCGCAGAAGCAGCCGCAGUAGGUCUCGAAGUAUCUCAAAAAGUCGCUCCCGAUCCAGGUCACGGAGCAAAGGUCGAACACGGUCUCGAUCAAAAGGCAGGAAAUCUAGAUCGAAAAGCAAAUCUAAACCGAAGUCUGAUCGGGGCUCCCACUCACACUCAAGAAGCAGGUCUAAGGAUGAGAAAUCCCGAAGCAGGUCUCGCUCUCGCUCCCCCAAAGAAAAUGGAAAAGGUGAUAUAAAAUCAAAGUCCCGGUCCAGAAGCCAGUCUCGGUCCCAUUCACCUCUCCCUGCACCACCCUCAAAGGCGCGUUCUGUGUCCCCUCCACCAAAAAGAGCUGCUUCAAGGUCCCGAUCUAGAUCUCGUUCAAGGUCCAGAUCAAGUUCCAGAGAUUAAUCCUGAACUCUCUGUUCUUUGCACACUAUUACGGAACACUUCCUACUUGCUUAGGCAGUUUCUCUUCCAUGUUUGUACUUGGUCUCUUCAAGAGGAUUUCCCGAAAAUGGGGUACCCAGAAAUUUUGACUUGUGGCCAAAUUUAAUGAGAAAGAUGAGGUUCUAAAAUGGUGGUAUGAAGCCAUCUCUCCCUUUGCAGAAUUAAGAUAACUUUGAUUUUACAGCUGUUGAGCUGAAAUAACUUUUGUAAAGAUUACGCUCAUUUAGAUUUUUUUUUAAAGUAUUUCAGCAGGAUCUGCUGCAGGGGUUUUUUGUUGUUUUAUUUGUUCGCUUAUUUUUAAAUUAACUGUUCCAAGCUUUGGAUACUUCAGGCCUUUAGAGGGAGAACUCAAUUUUCAAUUAUGUUGGCUUUUUAUAAAGCUUGAGUUUUAUGUAAGAUUUAAAUAAAAAGUUUGCUACCAAGAUGAAUGCCUUAUUGAACAGGUCACUAUUCAGUCCUUUAAGUGUUGACAUCUGCUAUUUGUGGAAACAGUGUAAAUUCAAACCAGGCAAGCCUCGGACCAGCAAUAAAUUACUCAGUUUGAAUAACAUUUGGUGAUGUUAGUCAAAUUUACCAGUCUUUAUCUGCCCCUCUAACAAGUUGGGUUAAAAGUUAAAUCAUUGAUUUGUCACAAAAUUUUGUCUAAAUUAAACAAUGAAACUUUUAACUUAGGGUUGCAUUCUGAGAAACAGGUGCUAGUGCUGGGGAUCCUGUCUAGUUGUCCUGUGUUCUAGAAAUGGUCAGUGUGUCCUUAGAAAUGGCUUGGUGGUCUUUAAUUUUUUUUUAAAAAGUGGAAGCAGGCUUUUUUUUUGAUGGAAAUUUAGUGUAUUUAAAGUGGAAAAGCACACUGCAUUUUCUGCUGAACAUUAUAUUUAAUAGGCACUUAGCACAUACUAUUUGAUGAGAUCAUUUGCUGAUUAAAAUGUUUCCAGUAACCCCCUUUGUAGUUAGUGGGGCUGUGUUGUAACAUUCUUGUCAAUUUUAUACUUGUAGUUGGUUUGAAAAACAGUGAAAUAGGUAAACUCAAAAAGACUUCAUACUUCACAAGUGAAGUAGUAUAAAUGCUGUGGAAACAAUUAUACUGAAAAUCUGUAGGGAUGACUGGGUUAGCAAUUAGUCUCUACAGUUGAGACUGAAAUUGAAGACAUAAAUUACUUUACCUUCCUUUGUUGGAUACUUUUAAGUCAUUUCAGCUAAAAAUAGUUAUUGGCUUCAGUCUUCAAGUAUAGAUCAGGUUCACUACCUUCCUCAGAGCUGUCACCACAUGAGGUUGCAAGAGUUGAAUUUGGAUAGAAUAUGGUAUUCUAGGGUUGGUUUGCAGGACUCAACUAAUCAGAAGACAUCUAUUAAAAUGAGGCUGUGUGGAAAAUUUGAGGCAAGAAUCUAGGUUUAGGUGUCAGUUGAAAGUAGCUGGGAGUAUUUGGAAAUGACAGGGCUAGCCUUAUUUUUUAAGAAACUCCUAGAUUUCCUUGUUAAAAUCUUAUGUCUAACCUUAGGAAUAUAGUGACCCAUAAGGGUAAUGCUACUUCAAUUAUCUUUUCUUUGAUACUUUGUUAAUUUAGAUGUUUAUAAAAAAAAAGGGUUUAUUUUUCCAACGUAAGUUUCAAUUUAAAAUAAAGUUGUGUCUAUAUUAGUAGUUCACUAUUUUAUUCCAAAACCAGGUGUGACAUCUCUUGAAAAUUGGCUUUGACCAAAGUCCUCUUGUUUUCAGGGAAAGUACCUUCAAGCUUUUUGAGCCACAGUUACUUAAAGGGGAGAGGGCAAUAUUCCAGUGAAAUUUGGCUUUCUGCCUGCAACAUCUUGAGCUGGGCUUUCUGUUAAUGUAAUCACUGAAUAAGGCAUUUGACUACAUUUUCAACUGCCCCAGUAAGUGGGUAAUGUAUAGAUAAAUUCCAGCGCCCAUAUAAUUUUUCUAGCAACAGCAAAGGCCAUUUUAUUAAAAUUGUAGUCAUCAUACCUAUAGACUUAAGAAGUCAUUGCCUGCACCAAACCACUGCACUUAGAACAUUGGCCUCCUUAACAGAACUGACUGAGUUAAAAUGAAUGCUUAGUUCCUUGCUAACUAGUGAGCAGAGUCUAAGAGUCAGCAACAUCAAGCAUGCAUAAGUCUGUUCCUGGAUAGUUACUGACCUGACAGGAGAGCACAAGAGAAGUGAGGAACAUCUUGAGUCCCAUUCUUUUACUUGAGAGCAUUUCUUGAUAUGCCACAGUGCCUUUAUGGCCACUUUGAGUCCUACCUACAUGAGCAUUUAUGUUCCUCCUACUCCUAUGUUACCACCUCUCACCUUGAGUAUUCUUUUUUCUACUUUGUUAACCUUUAUGCUUUUAUCUCAAUAAAAUGCUUACUGGGGGAAAA